CGAAGGCAGGCGCCCCCACGAAAAGGCAACCGAGAACCCCGCCGCCCUUUUCCUUGCCUUCCUGCCCAACACCGCCUCCCUCCCUUCCUUGCAUUCCAUCGUCGCCCCUCGCGCACGCACCCAACAGCGCAGCGGCACCACCAGUUCGUGCGUGAACUCUCCGUCCCCUCGGCUCUCGCCGCUCACGCGUCCCUCGUGCCCGGCGCCGCGCGCACUCCGCGGGGGCACGGCACGGCACCGCCGCCGGCGCGCCGCCUCUGCGACCGGCAUUGUGGAGCGCCCGCGACCCCGGCUGGUGAGGAUAUGUAUUGAUAUACGCUACCGCUUUGAUGGUUGGUCUUCUUCUUCUGCCACUACUUGAAUGGAGAAGGCUAUCAAAUUAAAGAUUACAAUUUGAACUGAUAGCAAUGGGACCCCAUUGUUUCUUCAUCUUGAUCCUACUGAUAUGCUUCACCCCCAGCUCUGCUUUGGCUGGACAUAAUGAUAUAAAUACCUUGUUCAAACUGAGGGACGCGGUCACUGAAGGGAAAGGGUUUCUCCGUGAUUGGUUUGAUUCAGAAAAAGCCCCAUGCAGUUGGUCAGGUAUAACUUGUGCGGAACAUACUGUGGUGGAAAUAGACUUGUCUUCUGUGCCAAUUUAUGCCCCAUUCCCGCCAUGUGUCGGGUCAUUCCAAUCACUUGCUCGUCUCAACUUUAGCGGUUGUGGGUUUUCUGGUGAGCUUCCAGAUGUCUUGGGGAACCUGCACAAUCUUGAACACCUUGAUUUGAGCCAUAACCAGCUUACAGGGGCCCUUCCUGUUUCAUUGUAUGGGCUGAAGACAUUGAAAGAAAUGGUGCUUGACAAUAAUUUCUUUUCCGGGCAGUUGAGCCCCGCUAUUGCACAGCUUAAGUAUCUCAAGAAGCUUUCUGUAUCCUCAAAUUCUAUCUCUGGCGCCAUUCCUCCGGAGUUGGGCAGUCUGCAGAAUCUGGAGUUCCUGGACCUUCACAUGAACACAUUUAAUGGGUCGAUACCAGCAGCUUUGGGUAAUCUGUCUCAGCUCUUGCACCUUGAUGCUAGCCAGAAUAAUAUCUGUGGCUCAAUAUUUCCAGGAAUCACUGCAAUGACAAACCUAGUUACAGUUGAUCUCUCUUCAAAUGCUUUGGUGGGGCCACUACCUAGGGAGAUCGGUCAGCUACAGAAUGCUCAACUGUUAAUAUUGGGACAUAAUGGUUUCAAUGGAAGCAUUCCAGAAGAGAUCGGUGAACUAAAGCUGCUGGAAGCGCUUGAGCUCCCUGGAUGCAAGCUCACAGGCAUCCCUUGGACAGUUGGUGAUCUCAGAAGUUUGAGAAAGCUUGAUAUUUCAGGGAAUGAUUUCGAUACUGAAAUCCCGGCAUCUAUCGGCAAGCUGGGAAAUCUGACUCGUCUAUCUGCAAGGAGUGCUGGGCUAGCUGGGAAUAUUCCGAGAGAACUUGGUAACUGCAAGAAGCUUGUCUUUGUUGAUUUCAAUGGCAACUCCUUUUCUGGCCCUAUACCUGAAGAACUUGCAGGUUUAGAGGCCAUUGUCUCAUUUGAUGUGCAAGGGAACAAUCUAUCUGGUCACAUUCCAGAGUGGAUCCAGAAUUGGGCGAAUCUUCGUUCAAUAUAUCUGGGGCAGAACAUGUUCAAUGGACCCCUGCCAGUACUGCCAUUGCAGCAUCUAGUUAUGUUUUCUGCAGAAACCAACAUGCUAUCAGGUUCUAUUCCUGGUGAGAUUUGUCAGGCCAAAUCACUGCAGUCACUCAGGUUGCACAACAACAAUCUGACUGGGAAUAUCAUGGUGGCAUUUAAAGGGUGCAAGAACCUUACGGAACUUAACCUGCAAGGAAACCAUCUUCAUGGUGAGAUACCACAUUACUUGUCUGAGCUCCCACUAGUAACACUUGAGUUGUCCCAGAACAACUUCACAGGAAAGCUGCCAGAGAAAUUGUGGGAAUCAUCAACUCUUCUGGAGAUCACACUCAGCUACAAUCAGCUUACUGGCCCUAUACCUGAAAGCAUCGGUAGGCUCUCCAGCUUGCAGAGGCUACAGAUCGACAGUAACUACUUAGAAGGGCCUAUCCCGCGGUCAAUCGGCGCUCUAAGGAAUCUGACAAAUCUCUCUCUAUGGGGCAAUAGGCUGUCUGGGAACAUUCCACUUGAGCUCUUCAACUGCAGAAACCUUGUCACCCUGGAUCUAAGUUCUAACAAUUUGUCUGGCCACAUCCCGAGUGCCAUAUCUCACUUGACAUUUCUCAACAGCUUGAAUUUGUCUAGUAACCAGCUGUCCAGUGCUAUACCUGCUGAGAUCUGUGUUGGAUUUGGGAGUGCAGCUCACCCUGACUCAGAGUUUGUUCAGCAUCAUGGCUUGCUUGAUCUGUCAUACAACCAAUUGACUGGUCAUAUCCCAACAGCGAUCAAGAAUUGUGUUAUGGUUACAGUCCUCAACCUCCAAGGAAAUAUGCUAAGUGGUACCAUUCCACCAGAGCUUGGAGAACUGCCAAAUGUUACAGCCAUCUACCUUUCUCAUAACACAUUAGUUGGCCCCAUGCUUCCUUGGUCUGCGCCAUUGGUACAACUGCAAGGCCUUUUUCUCUCUAAUAACCACUUAGGUGGCUCCAUUCCUGCUGAGAUAGGCCAAAUACUUCCCAAAAUCGAAAAGCUAGACUUAUCCAGUAAUGCACUUACUGGAACACUACCUGAGUCUUUACUCUGCAUCAAUUACUUAACCUAUCUGGAUAUCAGUAAUAACAGCCUCUCUGGACAAAUCCCAUUCUCUUGUCCUCAAGAAAAAGAGGCAUCGAGCUCCCUGAUAUUGUUCAAUGGGAGCAGUAACCAUUUCUCAGGGAACCUAGAUGAGUCUAUUUCAAACAUCACACAACUGUCUUUUCUUGAUAUCCACAACAACAGCCUCACUGGAAGUUUGCCCUUUUCACUUUCUGAUCUCAGUUAUUUAAACUACCUUGACCUCUCAAGCAAUGACUUUCAUGGUCCCUCCCCUUGUGGUAUCUGCAACAUAGUUGGCCUCACAUUUGCCAACUUCUCUGGUAAUCACAUUGGCAUGAGUGGCUUAGCGGAUUGUGUUGCAGAAGGCAUCUGUACUGGAAAGGGUUUUGAUCGGAAGGCACUUAUUUCAUCUGGUAGAGUUCGAAGAGCAGCAAUCAUUUGUGUUAGUAUACUCACUGUCAUCAUUGCCUUAGUUCUUCUGGUGGUUUAUCUGAAACGGAAGCUAUUGAGAAGCAGACCCUUGGCUCUUGUACCUGUCAGCAAGGCCAAGGCUACCAUCGAACCAACCUCAAGUGAUGAGCUCCUAGGGAAGAAGUUUCGAGAACCCUUGAGUAUCAAUCUUGCAACAUUUGAACACGCACUUCUGAGGGUCACCGCAGAUGAUAUUCAGAAAGCCACGGAGAAUUUCAGUAAGGUGCACAUUAUUGGGGAUGGUGGGUUUGGCACUGUCUACAGAGCAGCACUUCCUGAAGGUCGGAGAGUAGCGAUCAAGAGGCUUCAUGGUGGCCAUCAGUUCCAAGGUGAUCGUGAAUUCCUGGCCGAAAUGGAGACAAUUGGAAAGGUGAAACAUCCUAACCUUGUUCCUCUACUUGGCUACUGUGUAUGUGGUGAUGAAAGGUUCCUGAUAUACGAGUACAUGGAGAAUGGGAGUCUUGAGAUGUGGCUCAGGAACCGGGCUGAUGCCAUUGAAGCACUUGGAUGGCCAGACCGCCUGAAGAUAUGUAUUGGUUCUGCCCGCGGGCUUUCAUUCCUGCAUCAUGGCUUUGUGCCCCAUAUCAUCCACCGUGACAUGAAGUCAAGCAACAUUCUAUUGGAUGAGAACUUUGAGCCAAGGGUCUCUGAUUUUGGCCUUGCAAGGAUAAUCAGUGCGUGCGAGACCCAUGUCAGCACUGACAUUGCUGGUACAUUUGGCUACAUACCUCCAGAGUAUGGCCAGACAAUGAAGUCCUCUACAAAAGGUGAUGUCUACAGCUUUGGUGUUGUCAUGCUUGAGCUGCUCACGGGGCGGCCUCCUACAGGGCAAGAGGAAGGGGAAGGGGGUGGAAACCUUGUUGGCUGGGUGCGAUGGAUGAUGGCACAUGGUAAGGAGGAUGAGCUGUUUGAUCCUUGUUUGCCUGUCUCAAGUGUGUGGCGGGAACAGAUGGCCUGUGUGCUCGCAAUUGCCCGAGACUGCACUGUGGACGAGCCAUGGAGGAGGCCAACUAUGCUGGAGGUGGUGAAGGGCCUCAAGAUGGCCGAAACAAUAGAAUGUGGACCUCUGGUUGUGACAGUCACUAAGGACAUGUAAUGCCGGUGUAUGGAACUGGGUGUUCAGCGAAUGUUGUUCGUGUUGAUAUAAUAAUGUAGGCUCCAUGUAGCUGUAGCUGUACUGGUGACUGUAAUGAGAGAAAUUAAUGCUGCUCAUGUUCAGGCUGUAGUUAUUGAUGUAACCUCUUCAUCUGGACCCAAGCAAGCACUUAUGAUAUGGCAGCGAUUGUUUAGCACGUAA